CGCUUAAACCGAUAUUAUUUACAGUCCAGUUCACCACUGUGUUUUGGACUGCAGAAGGAAAGCAGAUUCCCCAUGCAAGCACUCGAAUAGUCAAGCUCCUGGUGAAGCUUUAGCACAUAACACUCGUCUACCUUGCUAUUUAUCGACAUUUUCACCUGAAUCACCUGAAUCAGAUGCAACUAAUGGAUGAGAACGUUUAGUGUAUAGCUACUCUUAAUUUCCAUUUUGCAGCAGGUUUCCUGAACGUUCUAGCUAGAAUUUGCAACUUGGCUCCACCCCUGUGACCUUAUGGUGCCCAUCAGUUCCACAACUUCUCAUCCCAAAGUAUUAUGUUUCUCCUCCACUUAGUCCUUCAGAAGCCAGGACACAGAGCUAUUCCACGGGUUUGAUCAGUCUAAAAGAGUGAAUCACGGUGGAUGAUGGCGGGAUGCUGCCUGUCUGCAGAGGACAGAGAGAACCAGAGGAUCAACGAGGAGAUCGAGAAGCAGCUCCGCAAGGACAAGAAGGACUCUCGGCGGGAGCUCAAGUUGCUGCUGCUUGGAACUGGUGAGAGUGGGAAAAGCACCUUCAUCAAACAGAUGAGAAUCAUCCAUGGAGGAGGCUACAGUGAUGAGGACAAGAGAAGCUACGCCAAGCUUGUCUUCCAGAACAUCUACACGUCGAUGCAGACCAUGAUCCGAGCCAUGGAGGCUCUCAGCAUCUCCUUCUCUAAAUCUGAGAACCAGGGUCCUGCUAACUCACUACUCGAAGUGGAGGUGGAUAAAAUUGAGGAGUUAAAUCCAGAUCACGCCGUUUCCAUUGGAAAUCUGUGGAAAGACGACGGGAUUCAGGAAUGCUACGACCGUCGCCGCGAGUACCAGCUGUCUGACUCCACUAAAUACUACCUGAGCGAGCUGGACCGGAUUUCCCAGCCCUCUUACCUUCCUGAUCUGCAGGACAUCCUCAGGGUCCGAGUGCCGACCACCGGGAUCAUCGAAUACCCCUUCGACAUGGAGAACGUCAUCUUCAGGAUGGUGGAUGUGGGAGGUCAGAGGUCAGAGCGGCGGAAGUGGAUCCACUGUUUCGAGAACGUCACCUCCAUCAUCUUCCUGGUGGCUCUGAGCGAGUACGACCAGGUCCUGGCCGAAUGCGACAACGAGAACCGGAUGGAGGAGAGCAUGGCCUUGUUCAAGACCAUCAUCACCUACUCCUGGUUCCAGCGUUCCUCUGUCAUCCUCUUCCUUAACAAGACCGACAUCCUGCAGGAGAAGAUUCUCUACUCGCACGUCGCCGAUUACUUCCCCGAAUUCACAGGGCCGCGUGAGGACGCCACAGCUGCUCAAGAAUUCAUUCUCAAAAUGUACCAAGAGCAAAAUCCCGACAAGGAGAAGACGAUAUAUCCUCACUUCACCUGCGCCACCGACACGGAAAACAUCCGCUUCGUCUUUGUGGCAGUGAAAGACACGAUCCUGAAACAAAACCUGAAGGAAUUCAAUCUGGUGUGACAAGAGGGUGGAGGGAUACAAUCUGAGCACGAAAUGGAUUAAAUACUGUUGCUUUAACUGAUGUUUACCAGAUUUAUUUUAUCUAUUUAUUUGUAGCCUUUUAAGAUUUAGUAAGCUAAGCUGCUCAAGAGCUAUGGUUUGGUUGUUUCUCAGAACCUUUGGGAUGUCCCCAAAAUCUCAAAUACGAACUCCAUAUACACCUUUAAACAUCUCUAAAAUGUAAAAUGAAAUGUUUCCGCCAACACUUAUAAUCAGUCAGAAGCAAUUUAAUAUAAUGAAAAGAAAUGUAGGAACCAUAAAUGUGUUUAGAAUGUAUUAGAGAGGAUUGACAUAAACAUUCAUUCAUUCAAACACGGCUGCAGGGGCAGACUGAGUUGUAAUGUUGACAUGAAUCUGCGUGUUUUGAGUCAGCUGCAGCACGGCAGCACUGGGAAUGCUGCUUUUACAGCAUUUUUUGUUUUGUACAUUUCCAACAUCAAGUUGUUCUCCUGGACAUGGAUUGUUAAUAUCCACAAGUUGAGUACUCUGAGUUGUCAACUUUAUAUCAAGAGUGUCAAGCUCAAUUUACUACAAAAGGAACUCAUUCCACUAGUGGACUAAACUCCACCUUCCAUUGGCUUUUGGAACCUGAAGCAUUUAACAUUAAUUCCAUCAUAUCUCUCCUCUGGCCCUCCACCACCUAUACUUCCACUCUUUAAGCUGAAAUCGAAGCAUGGCUUAUGUUGAUGUUCAAUAAAAAAAGUUGA